UUCUUCUCUCUCAUUCCAGGAAGAAAAGGAAAUCCAAUUCCCACCUAUUCCUCCUCUUCCCUCUGUCCAGUAGUUGUAUUCAUCACUUCCAUUCUCUUCUCCAUUAUCUCUUUUUAUUAUUAUUAUUUUUAAUUUUGUAACAUGGAGAGUGAGAUGAUUAUUGACAAUGGCAAUGGCAAUCGCAACCAGAACGAUUCAUUCUGUGUUAGUCGUGACCCGCUUAACUGGGGUGGUGUGGCCGAGUCACUCAAGGGAAGCCAUUUGGAGGAAGUGAAGCGUAUGGUGGCAGAGUUUCAGAAGCCGCUGGUGAAGCUUGGUGGCGAGACCUUGACCAUAUCCCAGGUUGCUGCUAUAGCUACUCGUGAAUUGGAUGUUCAGGUGGAGCUGUCUGAGGCCGCCCGUGCCGGUGUCAAAGCCAGCAGCGACUGGGUCAUGGAAAGCAUGAACAAAGGGACAGAUAGUUAUGGCGUCACCACUGGAUUUGGUGCCACUUCUCAUAGGCGGACCAAACAAGGCGGUGCCCUUCAAAAGGAGCUCAUCAGAUUCUUGAACGCUGGAGUUUUUGGAAAUGGAACAGAGUCAUGCCAUACUCUGCCUCACUCAGCCAGCAGAGCAGCCAUGCUGGUCAGGAUCAACACCCUCCUCCAGGGAUACUCCGGCAUUCGAUUUGAAAUUUUAGAGGCAAUCACAAAGUUCCUCAACCAAAACAUCACUCCAUGCUUGCCACUCCGCGGCACAAUCACCGCCUCCGGCGAUCUCGUUCCCCUGUCCUACAUAGCUGGAUUGCUUACGGGCCGUCCAAAUUCUAAGUCCGUAGGACCCAACGGAGAAACCCUCAAUGCCCAGGAAGCCUUCCGGCUUGCUGGAAUCGAAUCGGGGUUCUUCGAAUUGCAGCCAAAGGAAGGGCUUGCUUUGGUCAAUGGCACUGCAGUUGGGUCCGGUUUGGCCUCAAUUGUUCUCUACGAAGCGAACAUACUCGCUGUCCUAUCGGAGAUUAUAUCGGCAAUUUUCGCUGAAGUGAUGAACGGGAAGCCCGAAUUCACAGACCACUUGACCCAUAAAUUGAAGCACCACCCCGGCCAAAUUGAAGCAGCCGCGAUAAUGGAGCACAUUCUCGACGGCAGCGCUUAUGUCAAAGCCGCCCAGAAAUUGCACGAAAUGGAUCCCCUGCAGAAGCCAAAACAGGAUCGCUACGCUCUGAGGACUUCUCCCCAAUGGCUUGGCCCCCAGAUUGAAGUGAUUCGAUUUGCAACGAAAUCAAUCGAAAGGGAAAUUAAUUCCGUCAACGACAACCCUCUGAUCGAUGUCUCCAGAAACAAGGCACUGCACGGCGGUAACUUCCAGGGGACCCCGAUUGGAGUCUCCAUGGACAAUUCCCGUCUGGCAAUUGCAUCCAUAGGAAAAUUGAUGUUUGCCCAAUUCUCGGAGCUCGUGAAUGAUUUUUAUAACAACGGGCUCCCGUCGAAUCUGUCCGGUGGCCGGAAUCCGAGCUUGGAUUAUGGUUUUAAGGGUGCUGAAAUUGCUAUGGCGUCUUACUGUUCUGAGCUCCAGUUUUUGGCUAAUCCAGUCACCAACCACGUCCAGAGCGCCGAACAGCACAACCAAGAUGUGAAUUCCUUGGGGCUAAUCUCCGCCCGAAAAACAGCGGAGGCUGUCGAUAUCUUGAAGCUGAUGUCCUCCACCUUCCUGGUAGCACUCUGCCAAGCCAUUGAUUUGAGGCAUUUGGAAGAGAAUCUGAGGAACACUGUGAAGAACACCGUAAGCCAGGUAGCCAAGAAAGUCCUGACCACCGGUGUCAAUGGCGAACUCCACCCUUCAAGAUUUUGCGAGAAGGAUUUACUCAAAGUGGUGGACCGUGAAUACGUCUUCGCAUACAUCGACGACCCCUGCAGCGAGACCUACCCACUGAUGCAAAAACUCCGUCAGGUCCUUGUGGAACACGCCAUGUCCAACGGCGAGAACGAGAAAAACGCCAGCACUUCCAUCUUCCAAAAGAUCGGAGCUUUUGAGGCAGAAUUGAAGACCCAUCUGCCAAAGGAGGUAGAGCAUGCCAGAGUUUCACUUGAGAGCGGAAAUCCAGCGAUCCCGAACAGGAUCAAGGAAUGCAGAUCUUAUCCCCUGUACAAGCUUGUGAGGGAGGAGCUAGGAACAGGGUUUCUAACAGGGGAGAAGGUCAGGUCUCCAGGGGAGGAGUUCGACAAGGUUUUCACAGCCAUCUGUGAAGGGAAGAUCGUCCAGCCCAUCCUGGAUUGUCUUAAAGAAUGGAAUGGUGCUCCUCUGCCGCUCUGCUAGUGAAUAAAAACAGUCCUCCUUCCAUUUACUUUGAUUCGAAUGUUAAAAUUUGUCAUCAAAUUAUAUAUUUUUUUUCUUAUAAUUUAAUAAAUAUUUUGGGUGUAACUUACUACUCAUGUACCAGAAGUUUUUUUUUUUUGAAAGGAAUGUACCAGAAGCCAAAAACACCGUCAAACCCCCUAAACAGAAUCAUUGUUAACAUCUUUAUAUUUUCUCUGCAGGUGAUGCAUUUGUCGGAGGAUUUCUUUCCCAGCUGGUUCAGGACAAGCCCACUGAAGAUUGUGUGAGAGCCGGUUGUUAUGCAGCCAAUGCUAUCAUCCAAAGGUCUGGCUGCACAUACCCAGAAAAGCCUGAUUUCAACUAAG